CCUUUUGCAAUUUCCAUUCUUGAUUCUACGCAACCCAACAGUCUGGCAGAUCCAUAAUUCGAUUUUGUAUACAGAUUCAGCUUCCCAUCUUCUUCAACUAGAAACCCUUUUUUCUUCUUCUCUAAAAUCCCAGAUCUGUCGCACAUUCCAUUUUCAACCCAUUUUUCUCUCAUGGCUAGUCGUUACGAUCCCAAUCCAUUCGAGGAAGAGGAACUUAAUCCAUUUGCGAAUCAAGGCACUCAAGGGAAUGGGUUUGCUCAAUCAAAUUAUGGUGGAGGUGCAUUUUAUAUGCCAACUCCUGGAAGUGUUCCUCCUGCAACUUCAAGUCUGUCACCACUUCCCCCAGAACCUGCUGGCUAUGGUCGUGGUGCGACCGUUGAUAUCCCUCUUGACAGUGCUCAGGAUUUUAGAACCAAGCAGAAGGAACUCCAAGCCAAAGAGGCUGAACUGAAAAGGAGAGAACAGGAGGUAAAGAGGAAGGAGGAUGCUAUCACACGAUCUGGAAUUGUUCUCGAGGAAAAAAAUUGGCCACCAUUUUUCCCUAUUAUUCAUCACGACAUCACAAACGAAAUCCCUAUCCAUCUACAGAAAGUACAAUAUGUUGCUUUCACAACUUUUUUAGGUAUUGUACUGUGCCUUACAUGGAAUCUUGUAGCAGUGACUAUCGCCUGGAUAAAAGGGGAAGGUCCAACAAUUUGGUUUCUUGCUGUCAUCUAUCUGAUAUCAGGAGUCCCCGGGGCUUAUGUAUUGUGGUAUCGUCCUUUAUACCGUGCUACAAGAACUGAUAGCGCUAUAAAGUUCGGAUGGUUUUUUUUGUCUUACAUGUUUCAUAUCGCAUUUUGUGUAUUUGCUGCGGUUGCUCCUCCUAUCAUCUUUAAAGGAAAAUCUCUCACCGGAAUUUUGCCGGCUCUUGAUGUGGUUACUUCUAAUGCUUUCGUUGGGAUCUUUUACUUCAUUGGAUUUGCAUUCUUUGCUAUUGAAUCAGUGAUGAGCAUUUGGGUCAUUCAGCAAGUUUACAUGUAUUUCCGGGGCAGCGGGAAAGCAGCAGAGAUGAAGCGCGAGGCUGCAAAGUCGACUAUGAUGGCAGCAUUCUGAAACGGAUAACGUAGACUGAAAACGACACUUCUUAUAGAGGAUUUUAAACCGGCAAACGAAGUUUAUUCAUUAUGCAUCAAGCAUAACUAGCUCCUAGUUUUUUCUUCAUACUAUUUUUUGCAGAAAACUGUCCAACAAUUGGGACAAUGAAUGCUUAUGUGAUCACCAAACUAAAGAGACCCGAUUUAUAUCCCAUUCAAAUGUACGAUUUGGAAGGGUAAAAUGUAUGCAGACCUUACCUACGUAAAAUGCACCCCCCUACCUUCUUCUCU